AUGCACGUGGGACGCAGGGAGACCAGAGCUGGCCUGCCUUCGGCUGGCUCAGCUUCUUGGCCACGCCAGGUGCCAAGCGGAGGAGACCCCCCUGCCCUCCUGGUUGCAGUCUGGGAGGUGGGCGGCUCGUGUGGGGAUGUGCGUGUGAGAGAGCUGCCUCUCAUUCCCUCUCGCAGGCUCUGUUGUUUUUGCGCUUUGGAGCAAAGGUGGACAGGUUUGGGCCGCUGGUGGCCUCCUUCCGUGGCAGACACAGGUCCUCUUCCCCGACAGCAGCCUCCCCUCCAGAGCCAUGCCUGCAUGCCUUGCAAGGACAGAGGAAGGGCUUUGGGGAAAACUCAGAGACUUGAUGGCCAUGCUGGCACCGCUUUGAGCUUCCUGCUUUUGCUUCUCCCCCAUUUCCAAGCACCUGCGCCAUCCGGGCCUUCCUCUGCCAGCUUGACAAUGUCCCAGUCUGGUGAGGAAGGCGAGAGACCGGGCACUUACAGGGAGGGGGGGCUGGGAUCGGCUCAAGCAGAGGAUGGGACGACUCCACCCCCCCAAGUUCCACCAUCCAAGGCCAUGAAGACCAGAGGCCCAGGCCAGCUUGAAAACCCAGAAGGAUCGUGGUGCUCCCCUUGCCAUGCACCAGAGGAGCCACGACGAGCGCCAAGGAAAGCAGCCUUCACAUCAUCACCUUCCUCCAUGAGGUCCUGUCUGGCUGCCAGCUUCUGCCCUGGGCAGCGAUGGGCACCAGGAGAGCGUCCCGUUCCCCCCAGCGCCAGGCCACCCUGCUCUGCACCUGCCAAGUCUUGA